UUUUAAUUCCGUUACUCGCGAGAGCAGUUUCAUGAAUAGGCUUUUAACUCCACCGGAAUGCAACUAUCGGAUCAUUCCGUUAGAGGAAUUUGUCCGACAGCGUUAAAACUAGUGAAUCGAGGGGCAUGAGGAAAGCUUCCUGGAACGUCGGCAGUGUUGUCAUGUUGCCUGUCUGAGUGUACUCGUGAGGAUUUUUUGUUUUUAACUUGCGUUGUGUACUGUUUUUCUGGGAGUUCAUAGGUUAUGCACGCACGUGGAUAUCUUUAGAAAGAUAUACAAGUUAAGAGUAUUUAAUAUUUAAUAUACCACCGUAACUUUGGUCAGUGGUUUAGUGUUAAUUAACUACUACGAUUUAUGUGAUUAGCAAUGCCACGCUCUAAACGAGAUAAGAAAGUUUCUUUAACGAAAGUGAAAAAGAAGACGGGACUGGCGCUAAAACAAAAGUUCAUUGAAAGUAUAAAUAAUCUCGUCACAGAGUUUGAGAAUAUUUUUGUGUUUGAAUUCGAAAAAAUGCCCAAUGAAAAACUGAAAGAAAUGAAGUCGGAAUGGAGACCUAGCAAAUUUGUUAUUGGGAAAAACAGGCUGCUGCUAAUCGCUCUGGGUAAAAACAAAGAGAGCGAAGCUUCCAAGAAUUUGCAUAAACUGUCAAAGCGGAUUGUCGGGCAGUGUGGCUUGCUGUUCACCAACGAGGCGGAAGGAGUGGUAAUGAAGUGGUUUGCCGACUACAGCCGGCUGGACUUUGCCCGUCCGGGCACGGAGGCGAAGGAAACCGUGAGUCUACCGGAGGGACCUCUGGAGCAGUUCCCGCACUCCAUCGAGCCGUACCUGCGUCAGCUCGGGAUGCCGACGAGUCUCAACAACGGAGUCGUGACUCUGACGAAGGAGUACACAGUGUGUCAACAAGGCAAGAUCCUCAAACCGGAACAGACGAAAAUACUCAAGCUGCUGGGAAGGAAAACUACCGAGUUCAAGAUGCAGAUCAAGUGCAUGUGGUCCAAGAGUGGUAAAUUCAAAUCGUACUCGAAGAGUGGUGAACCCAAGAAAAGCAAGAAGAGCGUAAGUGUUAGCAAAGCAGUUGAAUCUGCUGAUGUUGAAAUGAAAGAAGACGCAAGUGCAUAACAAACAGUACCUAAUGUUCUGAGAUUUCUUGAAGAGACCAUCCAUUCUUUAUGACUUAAUAAAUGUGUUGUGUGGCAGACAUUGAAAUAUUUCAGGACAUGUUGAUUCUGAGAAUUCAGAAUUGGUCAACAAACUGUAUAAUAUAAUGUAUCACAAUGUUUUAAAAUGCGUUGAGUGAGUUAGAAAUAAAUUUAACAACCAAUGUG